AUGUCUUCUACUGCCUGGUUACGAUACCCUUUACUACUCGCAUUUGGCAUCCUAGUUUCUCAGGCGGCCGCACAAGGCAAAGGUGAUGCCCUUAACUAUGUCGACCAACUAAUUGGCACAGCGAACGGCGGACAUGCAUUUCCUGGAGCCAGCCUGCCAUACGGCAUGGCUAAGGCCGUGGCUGAUGUUGAUGGCAGCGAAAACUACGGCGGCUUUACAAUGGAAGGUAGCAAUGUCACUGGUUUCUCACACAUGCACGACUCUGGAACUGGCGGCAAGCCAUCAAUGGGGAACUUUCCACUCGUACCGCAGAUAUGUCAAGAUGAUGAUAUAAACAAGUGUAAGUUCUCGAAGGAGGACAGAGCAGUGCAUUAUCUUGCCGAUAGUGUGAAAGCAAUGCCUGGGUAUUUUGCUGUAAAGCUGGAUAAUGGCAUCGCUGCAGAGAUGACAGUCACCGAACAUACCGCAUUAUAUCACUUUGAUUUCCCUCCGAGUAGUGCCAACGCAAAUGGGAGUUUACCGGUGAUUCUGGUAGACCUAACCGACAUACAAGACUCGAGGCAGAAGGCAGCUAUUUCGGUAGACGAGAACACCCUUCGAGUCAAAGCAAAUGGGACCUUUCUUCCUAGCUUUGGAAUUGGAAGCUAUAACUCCUUCGUCUGUGUUGAUUUUUCUGGGGCAAAAGCAAAGGAUACCGGAAUAUACAUCAGCAAUCGGGCAGGAACGCAACCCAAGUCUAUAUCCGUGGGGCGCGGAUUCAAUUUGUUCUACGUGAAGGCUGGAACGUAUCUCCAGUUCCAGGCCUCGAAUAAUGGAAUGACUCGAGUCAGCGCUCGUGUGGGCCUAAGCUUCAUCAACGAGGACCAAGCUUGUAAAAAUGCAGAGAAGGAAAUUCCAGGGUCUAGUUGGGAUUUUGAAAGGGUCCGCACCAAUGCCGAAAAGGCAUGGAGGGAAAAAUUUGACCUUAUUUCGGUGAAAUCAGGCGGUGUCAGCGAUAACUUUCAGCGGACAUUUUGGAGUGCGAUAUAUCGUACCAUGAUCUCACCGCAGGAUUACACUGGGGAGAACCCACUCUGGCGCAGCAAAGAGCCAUACUUUGAUUCUUUUUACUGUCUUUGGGAUUCAUUUCGCUCGCAGAUCCCCUUGCUUGCCAUAAUUGACCCGAACACCCUGGCAAAAAUGAUACGCAGCCUCCUUGAUACUUACAAGCACCAGGGAUGGCUACCGGAUUGCCGCAUGAGUUUAUGCAAAGGGUUUACCCAGAGUGGGUCCAAUGCCGAUGUUGUCAUAGCCGAUGCAUAUGUCAAAAAUGUUACCGAAGACAUCGACUGGGACCUUGCAUACGAAGCUGUUGUCAAAGAUGCUGAAGUUGAACCGUCGGACUGGUCUGUCGAAGGGCGAGGGGGGUUAAUGAGUUGGAAGGCUGUUGGUUAUAUCCCCGCACAAGACUAUGACUAUCUAGGAACCGGAAUCACAACACGGAGCAUCUCACGAACUGUGGAAUAUUCGUAUAACGAUUAUUGCAUUGGAGUGUUAGGAAAGGAGUUGGGUAAAGAGUAUGAAAAAUAUUUCCAGAGAUCUGGAAAUUGGCAGAAUUUGUUCAAGGCAGAUCAGACCUCGUUUAUAAACGGGAAGGAUACAGGCUUCGUUGGGUUCUUUCAGCCAAGAUACCAGAACGGCUCAUGGGGUUACCAAGACCCAAUACUCUGCAGUAAUAUUGCAGAAUUCUGCUCCCUUACCUCAAACUCGCAGGAGACAUACGAGUCAGGCAUAUGGGAAAAUCAAUUUUUCGUCCCUCAUGACAUGUCAACACUGAUCAACCUCCUUGGUGGUCGUGCCAACUUCGUUUCUCGUUUAGACUAUCUUCAUGAGUCAAAUGUGUUAAAUAUUGGCAACGAACCGUCAUUCUUGGCUACAUUCUUAUAUCACUAUGCUGGUCGUCCUGCCCUCUCCGCCAAACGCGCACAUACCUAUAUCCCUUCUCGUUUCAAUGACACGACCUCCGGUGUUCCUGGAAAUGAUGACUCAGGCGCGAUGGGCAGUUUCACUGUCUUUGCAAUGAUGGGCUUGUUCCCGAAUCCAGGACAAAACGUAUACUUUAUUAUGCCACCCUUUUUCGAAGCCGUCAGUAUCAAACACCCGGUAACAGGGAAUACUGCAACGGUAAGAAAUGUCAAUUUCGACAAUGGGUACGAGAAUGUGUAUAUUCAACGGGCAACGCUGGAUGGAGAGGAGUAUACGCGGAAUUGGAUUGGACAUGAAUUCUUCCUAAACGGCGGAACACUUGAGCUUACGCUUGGAAAGGAAGAGAGUUCUUGGGGAACGGGACAGAAUGAUGUUCCACCCAGCCUUGGAACAGGAGUCAAGAGCGAUGGACUUCGGUUUACGUAG